GUCAUAUGAUCACUGGAUCCUUCAGCUGAAAGAUGAAGCAUGAACUCUAUCCAGAGCUUCAUCGCGUCUCCUUUCACUUUCUAAAAAGGAAAAAACAAUUAAAGAAAUCUGCUGAGAGCUGAAUGUGUGAAGACAACAACUUGAGAGUCUGUGCAAAUAACGAAUGAUGGAAAACAUUUGAUGUCUUUCAUAGUUACAUUGAAACCAGCAUGUAAUCACGUCCCCUCAAACCAUUAGUUUAACGGUACAGAAGUGGCACUUUAAUCUUUCUAAAGAUGACAGAAAACCUGUACGAGACGAAUCAGUUCACCAACCACGCCAACGGGACCUAUUUUUUCCAGCACAGCCCAAGCGCGUUGGGUACACCUCACUAUGGUGUACCAAACGUGAGCUCGAUCCAGUCAUCUCCAAUGUCUCCUCGACUCAACCACGAGCAGCUAACAUCUCCUGGCACUCCAGGACAUGAACUUUCUCCAAUGCUUGAGAUGCCAAACAGCGGCGGGACUUGGGAAUAUAACCAGUUUGGAAGGACAUCAUCAUGGGGAUCUUCUUCUCAUGAAGAACUACCCGAAAUCUACCCGUUUAACAUCACAUCUCAAAACAACUUAUCACUGACUUGCAAAGACAAUGGCAGUGCUUCUCAUCCUUACAGGUUGGACUCGUUCUCAAAGGCCUUCUCUACGAAAAACAUGCAACUUCUAUUUGGUGAUAGUAACAGGACAGAUGAUAAGCACUCAGAAAAUCACAUUUCAGGGGUUUUGCACUUGCCUCAAAGUCUCCCAGAAGGAUCAGACAGGCAACCUUUGGAGUCUCCAGUUUUUAACCCAAUGGUCAUUCAAGGUCAAUGCGAUCAGACCGGCUUCCAUCCAUCAGAAAGCCAAAACUCAUUGCACGGCCUUUACCAAAACCACCAACAGUUUCACUAUGGAUCCCAGCAACACAAACAGAAAGUGAACAACAUGGAGCAGGUAAACAGGAGUCUCCAAAAGCCACAGAGCUCCUGGCAGCAUCAGCACGGCUAUCAAAGUCACCCAAUGCCAUAUCCGAUAGCCUUGAAUCAACAACAAAGAGGGAUAUUUGCACAUAAAACUCACCUGGACUCUCAUGAACCUGCUCAAUCGCCAACCUACGACCACCGUCAAGACUUUAAAGUCCCGGAGCAGCAGAUCUUCCAUUAUCAAGACCAACAACAUCUUCGAUCGCUUUCCCAACCUGGCAAUCCUUACCUCGUGCAAGAUAACGUGCAAUCAAUCUCUGCAAAGCAAAACAACAUGUUUAGCGAUGCUCGUCACUCGGCACCCAACACACCUGUGUUCUCGAGUCCCAAAGAAGACCAAUCUGCUUUCAACUUUCCUCACCAAAGUGAAGACCUCUGCAGCCCGCUUUACCAAAACAGGAGCUCAGGGGUCUGUAAAACUCUUCCACAGAUGACUAUGAGGGGGGAUAUUUUUCAUCAUCGCACCGCACAUGCACCUCAGUGGUCACAGACACCUUCACCAGAUAUUCAAGAUGAGGCCAUUUCACCUCAUUUCAGAGCAGAACCUGGGUUUUCGAGAGAGGACGGAUCUCAUGCAAAGAUGAGAUGCACAGUUUGUCACAGGGAGUUCAAAAGUCUCCCGGCUCUGAAUGGUCACAUGCGCUCACAUGGAGGACUACGGACACACCCCACACCCCUCAAAAUGAGAGACGGGCACAUUCAUCUGUCUGAAGCUGCUCAAAGCAACCCCAUCUUCUUACCUGUGUCAGUACCUGUCAAGGACAACCAGACCCCAACCAAACUCACACUCAGCCUUCUGUGCCACCAGAAAGACAGUGAACAAAAUGGUUUAAUUAAGACUGGUGCACAGUCACCCCUCCCGUCUCUACGAAACCACCCUUCCUGUAUAAAGAGAUCUGUCUCGAAUGGAGAAUAUGCACCAAAGGUGGUGAAAAAGAGGUACCGCCGCUGUCUGGUCCCAUUGAUGAUUCCUCCGCCCAGCACCAGUCAGGAGUCCAGAGGCACCGUGCUCUUCCACAGUCAGCUCAGGACGGUGAGCAGCAUGGGGGACGACGUGCCCUACACCCCUCUACCCAUGCUCAGCCCUGUACGGCCGGGAUCAGGCCUCUUCAGCGCCAUCAAUGGAAAAGGCAAUCAUUAUAAUAUGCAUUAUCCAUGUUUGUCUGUAACAGGUGAUAUGGAUGGCUGUGGUGAGACUUCAAGAGAGAAAGCGAUUAAUGUAACACCUCGGAUUAACAUUGGCGAGGAAUUUCAAGCAAAGAUCCCAGAUAUUAAGAGUCAAACCCUCACAGAGGAAGAUACCCAUAAUGCUGUUCUUCUGUGGUUGCCCAACAAAGACCUGGAUAUCCCUGAUAACCAGCAGAAAGUGGACAAUCUUCUGAAAAUGGCUUGCUGUAGUGUGCUGCCAGGCGGCGGAGCAAACACAGAAUAUGUCCUCCACUGUCUUUUUGAGUGCAGAGGAGAUAUUAUGAAUACCCUUGAAAAGCUUCUCCUGCCAACAACACUGAGAAACACAUCCAGCCCCAAAAUGGACUAUCAUUACGCAGGAUCAGACAGAUGGACGCUUCAGGACAAACGGCAGCUGAACAAAGCACUUUCCAUUCAUAACAAGGACUUCUAUUUUGUCCAGAAAAUGUUACAGAACAUUUGUUUCUGGGUAAAAUUACCAUGUUUCUCACAGCAGAUGAAGGAAGAAACAUGGACCCAGAAUAAUCUCCGGCUGCUCUGUAGCUCUCCAGCCGAAAACAGAGCGUCCACGCUGACCCUGCCUUUGGGUUCGGCUUCUGUGAGAAGUUCUCCCUCCAACAGCACCACCAGCGGAGACACAGAUUCAGCCGUGGUCUUUCCCUGCACCGAGUGUGGAAAGAUGUUUUUGAAGGUGAAAAGUCGAAAUGCCCACAUGAAGACACACCGGCAGCACGAGGACACACAAUUGUGGCAGUUCCCCAGGGUUCCUGAGCAAGAUCAUGUGAUGGUGACACCUGAAUGCCCUGUUACACCACUAAAACAACCCAUAAGCCUUCAUUCUUUAACAUGUGACAGGUCCGCGGAGGUGAAAGCAUCCUUAAAUUACAUGUGCAGUGAGUCAGUGCAGGAAAUCAAUUGUCCUCUGAAGACACUUCCUGUCCUACAGAGUCCACUCGACUAUAUUCCAAGUUAGAAGAUGGAUAAGGAAAUUCUUUGUAGACUAUAAAUUGAUUCUUUCAUGUAAAUGGUGCAGCUAUAUGUAUAUUAAAACUAAGGCGAAGGCACAUCUUUGCUUUAUUUUGGUGUAAAAAAAAUGUAAUGCGCUUUGCUUUACCUGCAUCCUGUGUAUUAUCUGAUUUUGUAUCACAUUUCAUUUGUAAUAAACCAUCUGGUUUCUCAGUGAUUAUCGAACACUCACAUUCACAACAGAUUAAACUCACAAUGGAUCUGACUUUACAGAAUUCCUUUUCAUCAACAGUGAGACUA